CGUGUGACGUCAUCACAGUGCGCCGGAAGUGCUGUGCUGUUCAUUUCGAUCUUCUCCGAGAUGGUUUGAAGUGUUUCUGAGCCGGGAGCGGGUUUCCAGCCACUCGAGGCCGAGUAACAGGCGGGUCCCAUAGAAAGGGGGAGAAGGAAGCGGCCUCUGAAACUACGGACCUUGGAUCGAGGGCUGGAGCCAUGGCGCCGAAGGGAGGCAAGGUUGGAACGAAAGGGAAGAAACAGAUCUUUGAAGAGAACAAGGAGACAUUGACCUUCUACCUGAGAAUUAUUCUGGGAGCUAAUGCUAUUUAUGGGGCCGUGAACCUCUUCCUCUUCUACAGUUCAGUCACGUUCUGGACCUGGGGAUUGCUGGCUUUCGCCUUUGUUGUCUACAGCUUCAGCUAUCGAUGGAUGCAGGGAAUGGCACAGCCAGUAUUCUCAGAGGACCGCGUACUACUUGACGGAGGUAUUGACCUCAACAUGGAGCAGGGUAUGGCAGAGCAUCUGAAGGACGUGAUCUUACUCACUGCCAUCCUGCAGGUCCUCAGCUGUAUAUCCAUGUACUUCUGGUACUUGUGGCUCCUGGCACCGGGGAGGGCUCUUUAUCUGCUCUGGGUGAACAUCCUGGGGCCUUGGUUUACUGCGGAGCCCCCCACCAAUCCAGAGAUAUCCGAAAAGAAACAGAGGCGCCAGGAGCGACGACAGAUGAGAAAGCAGUAGUAACAGGAGCUGCUUCCAUGUCUUUGUUUACCAAUCGAUUACCAGAAGCCAUCAGCUGACAGCUUAGCUGUCACCUCACCUCCCUCGCCAAGAUAUCCCAGACACCUUGGACUGAUAUCCUCCUGUUAGAGCCCUGUCUGUGCUGGGAGAAAGACACUCGCUGCUUCUCGAUCAUCACCCCACAUGUCCUGUUCCCCGUGCUACAUUUAUUCCAAGGCUAAAGAGAGCUGUUGUGGGAUCCUCUGCUACGUGUAUGCACCUCAGGUAGAUCAUGCUUGGAUGUUUCUGACUUCAGGUACCAUUCCCCCAUCACCUCCCACCCCCACAACAGGGCACCACUCAACCAGUGGGUGGGUCAAAAGUUGAAGUGCUAAAAUUUUGUGGAAUCAAACUCAUUUAGCAAUGAAUCACUACCUCAUGUUUCAGUUUGUGUGUAAAUUAACCCCUUUCCAUUCUUAUUCCGACCUACUCAAAGCAUCGUUUCCCUUCCUAGGAUAUAGUUCCUCAGACAUCAGAGACAUCUCUGCCAUUUUGCUGAUGUGUGGACCUCGGUGGUGAGUGUCAACCAACAGAGGGAAUUGUGGCCGAGCUGGAUCCUGUCCUCCCCUGGUGUCCAUCAACAACCACAGGAAUCUGAGCACAGGGCCACAGCAGCCAUUUUGAAGUUCUGUGGAUGUCCUUUCUGAGCUCCAGUAAUUCGGCAUAGAUCAGGGAUCAAACACAGAGCCUUCAGCUCAGUGACUGGGACUAACCUGGAACUGUUUGAGGAGACCCUGUGUGCUCAUGAUCCAACAUGUUUGCCAAUAUCAGCAAAGCUUUUGUCAGUGCCACUCAGUGAUGGGCCAUCGUUCUGUGGUACUCCAAUGUCUGCACACAUCUGUCCCAAAGGAAAAAGUAGAAUGAGAAUCCCAGCCAAAAGUUGGCAAAACCUAUUCAACAUCAGUUUUUUUGCCCAGAGCAUGGUCCUCCUUCCUGCUGUGAGACUCCACAGCUCCAGUUUCUAACUCAGUUCGACUCAGGAGUUGAGUGGAACAUAAGAACAGGAGCGGGCCAUUCAACCCCUUGUCUGUUCCACCAUUCAAUAAGAUCUUCACUCUAUCAACUCCCCUUGGCUCCAUAUGCCUUGGUGAGGAGAAAUCUAUUGAGUUCAGAUUUAAAGUGAUUGAUUAAGUUAGCACCUGAUGCUUUUUGUGGGAGAAAGUUCCACAUUUUUCUUUUCUGAAUAGUCUGCCUCUGAUUUAUAAGAUUAUCUCCCUUUAUCCUGGACUCCCCAACCAGCGGAAAAAUUCUCCCUCUCCCUCUCUUCCCCCAAUCAUAUUCCAGGGAAUAUAUGUUUCACUUAUGUAAUCUCUCCUCAUAAUGUAAUUGGGUAAUAUUCAGAUGAAGUGGAGAAGGGCUGUAAUACAAACUGUACCCGACCAUCUACAGCAUGUCUUCAGACCUCUUCUAUCUAAGUGCUUUCUUUUUUGCCCCUCCCUGUCAGCCAUGGCUCAGUCAGUAGCACAUGUGCUUCUGAGUCAGGAGGUCAUGAAUUCAUUCCCACUCCAGAACCUUGACCACAAAAUCUAGGCUGCCAUUCCAGUACAGCAUCGAGGGAGUGCCACAUUGUCAUAGGUGCCGUCUUUUGCUUGACAAAUUAAACCAAGGCUCCAUCUGUCCUUUCGGUUGAAUGUAAAAGGAUCCUGUGGCACUAUUCGAAGAAGCUCAGGGGAGUUAUCCUGGUUAAUAUUUAUAUCUCCGCCAACAUCACUAAAACUGAUUAUCUGGCCGUUGCUGUUUGUGAGAGCUUGCUGCAUGUGAAUUAUCUGCUGCGUUUGCCUACAUUGCAACACUUCAUUACAACUUCAAAAAAAGCCUCACUGGCAGGAAAAUACGUUGGGAUGUCCAGAGGUCAUGAAAGGUACUGUAUCAAUGCAAGUUCGACUUUCAUUUGAGCUCCUUCCAUCGAGUUCAGUCUUAACAUCUCCACAGCUUAAACAGAACCAGAUGCAAAAUGCUAAUCCAUGUGCCAUAGUGCCAGGGAAGGUCCUCACGAUGCAAUGAGCUGCACAGGGACCCGUGUUGUUUUAAACUCGCAGACUGUGCAUAGGGUAGGACACUUGUGGCAUCAGGCUUACCCCAAGGACCAAAAGAUUUCACAUCUUAAUGUAUCAGUGUCUUAAAUCAUUGCCUACAGGAGGUGAGGUGGGGUGUGAACAAGUGGCAAGUGCACGAUGGCCUGCGUAGGUCAGCAGUGACAACUGAAAGACUUUGAUCUUCCCCAUUUACUGUAUUAUAUCAGUGACAAGUAAUUGUAUUUAAAGUUUUAUUGAACUAUAAGAAACAAUCAAUAAUUGUUUACACAAAAUCAAAUGGAUAUUGAAUAAAUAUUGUAUGAUACGCUA